AUGAGGGGGAAACGCUUCGACAGCAGCAGCGAUUCCAGCAAGCUCUGGACGGGCAAAGCCGGAAGGCUGUUUCGUGCGGUGUGGACGAGUGACAUCCCCAGCGGAUGCGCAGAGGAAAAACGAUUUGGCCAAACCCAAGCAGUUGCCCAAACAGAAGAAAUCAGGAACCGCCAGAACCAGCCUCGCUACGGAAAUGCCCGGUGGGUCUCUUUCAAGAAGCGUAUGACAUCCCAUGAUUUGGGGCGAGCUUGCCUCUCUCUCCUAGGUGAAUGGACGUCGUGGUUCAACGUGGACCAUCCUGGGGGCGAGGGGGAUUUCGAGACCCUGGAGGCCAUUCGCUUCUACUACCGGGAGCGGGUGUGCUCCCAGCCGAAGGCCAUCCAAGCCCGGACCACGGAGUGGGAGCUGCCCGAGGAGGUGGGCGAGGUGGUGCGUUACAACCCCCAGGAAGGCUUCCGCUGCCUCAACCGGGAUCAACAAGGAGGCAAGAGCUGCUCCAAUUACCACGUCCGUUUCCUGUGUCCGGCAGAUCCCAUGGACUGGUUGGGCUGGUCAGACUGGUCGGCCUGGAGCGCUUGUUCCCGGACCGCCUGCGGCGUCAGCGGUGUCCAGACUCGGAACCGGACUUGCUUGAGCCGCUCUGGCUCGGCACCGGGGCAGCGGCUGCAAUGUUUGGGGAAACCCGCAGAACGCCAGACCUGCAGCUCCGGACCGUGCCAAGAGACCAAAUGGAGCUCCUGGGGGCCGUGGAGUCCUUGUUCCAAGACCUGCGGCACUGGGGGGAAACGGGCGAGGAGGCGGAGCUGCCAGAAGUCCAAACUCUUGCGCUGUGUCGGGCGUCCGUCGGAGGUGCAGAAGUGCUCCCAGAUGCCCUGUCCAGCUUGCCUACUCAGCUGCGAUAUGGGCAUCCCCAACAAGGACUGUAGCGCCUGCAGCUGUCCCAACCACACCCUUUCGGGGAUCGUACAGAGAGCCGACGGGACGGGACUCGCCAACGCCCAGAUCUCUCUCGUGGACCGGCCAGCGGCCGUGCUGGCGCAGAGUGACCGUCGGGGCCAGUUCACCAUCCGUGGCAUCUGUGCUGGGAGCAGCGCCAACAUUAGCGCCAGCCUGGAGCGCUUUGCCACGGGCAGCGCCUCCGUCAUCCCUGAUGGCUCUUGGACAUCCCUGGUAGAGAUUGUACUCCACAGACUUGAGAAGCCUUACAUAGUGGUCCAUCCGGAAUCAAAAGUGAGGAAAGUCGGGUCAAAGGUGCGGUUUUGCUGCAGUGCCCAAGGUACUCCUGAACCAAGGAAAUAUUACUGGUAUCACAAUGGGACACUCCUGGAUCGGAAGACGCACAAGUAUGACAGCAGCUUGGUUCUGAAAGACCUGGGGCCACAUCAAGCUGGUACAUAUCACUGCAAAGCCAGCAGUGACCUGGGGUCUAUCAAAUCGUCCGUUGCCCACUUGACAAUCAUAGAGCCAGGAGUCCCUGCCUGCAUGGCUCAGCCGGAGGAGUAUCUCAUCCGACUUCCAGAAGAGUGUUUCCAAGAAGGUACAGGAUCCCACUUCUACAAUGUCGGCCGCUGUCCCAACGCCCUUUGCGAUGGAAGCUUGGCCGACAGUCUGCAGUGCCAAGAUGGCACGGAGCACUGUUGCGGGACGCUGCGCAUGGAGGUGCGGGAGAUUCACUGCAUCGGUUAUGUCCUGCCUGUCAAGGUGGUGGCCGAGUGCGGGUGCGCCUCCUGCGCCCAGCCCAAGAUCCUGGUCCGCGGGAAAGCUUCGGCAGCUGACGACGGGGAGCCCCUGCGUUUUGGUGAGAUCUACCUAGGGGCUGAGAAGAUCGGCUUCACUGGCUACAAGGGGACUUUCACCAUUGAAGUCCCACCCAACACACAGCGGAUGGUGGUCAAGUUUGUGGAUCGUAUGCAGAAGUUUGUGGAUGCCGUCAAGGUCUUCCCGUUCGACCAGCGUGGUGGAGCUGUCUACCAGGAUGUCAAACUGAUGAGGAGGAAGAAGCCUGUUAAUCUGGAAGCGAUGGAGACCAACGUCAUCCCUCUGGGAGAGGUGGCUGGAGAGGAUCCCAUCGGGGAGAUAGUCAUCCCUCCUGCGUCUUUCUUUAGGCCCAAUGGGCAAGUGUACAAUGGCACCGUGAAAGCCAGCAUUACCUUCGUGGACCCCCGGGACAUCACCUCUGUGAAUGCAGCCUCCAGUGACCUGAAUUUCAUCAAUGCUGAAGGGGACGUCUUCCCGCUCAGGACUUAUGGGAUGUUUUCAGUCGACUUCUGGGAAGAAGGAACCAACCAAGGGCUAGAAACGGGUCGUGUGGAGGUGAAGAUGGAUGCCGAGCUGAUCAAGAUGCCUGAACACAUCCAGAAAAUGAAGCUGUGGUCCCUCAACCCCGUGACAGGCCUGUGGGAGGAAGAAGGAUCCUUCAAGCAGGCUAAGGAGAAGAGGGGGAAGCGCGAGGAGAGGGCCUUUCUCAUUGGCAACCUGGAGAUCCGCGAACGUCGCCUCUUCAACCUUGAUGUUCCAGAAAACCGCCGCUGCUUUGUGAAAGUCCGGGCCUACAUCAAUGAGAAGUUCAUGUCCAAUGAGCAGAUGGAGGGGAUAGUGGUCACCCUAAUCAACCUUGAACCCAGGCCUGGAUACCCAUCCAAUCCGCAGGCCUGGGGAAGAUUCGACAGCGUGGUGACCGGUCCCAACGGGGCUUGCUUGCCUGCCUUCUGCGAUGGCCAACGAGCAGACGCUUACAGAGCCUACGUCACAGCUACCAUGGGAGGGGAGGAGCUGGAGGCCGUGGCAUCUAGGCCAAAGCUCGAUUCUCGUGCUAUCGGAGUUUCCCAGCCUUAUCUGAAUAAGCUUGGCUACCAGCGGACCGACCAUGAUGACCCUGCCCUCAAGAAGACGGCCUUCAAGAUUAACCUGGCCAAGCCCAACCAGAACAAUAUUGACGAGACCGACGGGCCUAUCUAUGCCUACCGUAGUCUGAAGCAAUGUGAAGAGGCACCCGUCACCGCCAACCAUUUCCGGUUCUACAGAGUAGAAGUGGACAAGUAUGAAUACAACGUGGUCCCGUUCAAGGAGAGCGACUUGACCACCUGGACAGGAGAUUACCUCUCCUGGUGGCCCAACCCUCAGGAGUUCCGGGCCUGCUAUAUCAAGGUGAAGAUUAACGGGCCUCAAGAGUACAUGGUGCGGUCGCAAAAUGUGGGGGGCAGCCAUCCAAGGACUCGAGGACAGCUCUAUGGUCUACGGGAUGCUCGUAGUGUCCGAGACCUGGCCAUCUAUAAUAGCUCAGCGGCUUGCCUAGAAUUCAAGUGCAGUGGGAUGUUGUUUGACCAAGGUUUGGUGGACAGGACUUUGGUGUCCAUCACCCCCCAGGGAAGUUGCUGGCGUACAUCUAUCAACAGCUACCUGAGAGAAUACCUAGGCCGCCACCCCCCGUUGGUGGAAAAUAACGACACUACAAUCUUCAACAUGUUGGCUCCAGUGGAUCCGCUGGGCCACAACUACGGCAUCUACACUGUGACAGACCAGAAUCCCCGCCUCGCCAAAGAGAUCGCCAUCGGCCGCUGCUUUGAUGGGACUUCGGACGGUUUCUCGCGUGAGAUGAAGUCCACUACCGGGAUCGCCUUGACCUUCACCUGCCAGGAGAAACCGGUGGGGCGCAAGAGCUUCUUCCAGCGGCUGCUCGAAUUUCCUGCCCAGACGCUGACUGAGAUCCGGCGUGAAAUGAGAGGCAAUGAACAGCUGCGGGGCUCUUCCCAAGUGGUGGCUUACCCAUCUGGGUUGCGGACCAUGUUCUCCACACAAACCCGUCGGACCCCCAGCUCCCAAAGGAGAGCAGGAGCUGCUCGGACCCGACAGUGA